UAUUUUUAUUUUUUCUUCUUCUCUUUUUUACACUUCUCAUUUUCUCUAUCUCAUUACUCAAAUCCUCCACCUAAAGGCUCUCUCUCUAUCUCUCUCUUUGUCUCUCAUUUGCUUCUUGGGGUUUGGUUUUCUAGCCUCUCUCUUUGGAAAAGUCCAAGCCGGCCGAACAAGAAUACAGCUUUUUCUCUCAUCUUUCUUUUAUCUGGGCUAGUUUCUUUGUUUUCUGGCCCAGAUUUUUUCAUAUAGAUCAGCCUCUUCUAUUUUCAUCUCCUGGGUGUACUGAAAGAGUACUUGACUUACAGUUUCUAUUGGAAUUUUUUUCCAGACUUUUACCUGUAUCUUUAUAACGAAGCUGCUGAGGAUCCAUAGCCGACAUAAAAUUUUGGGACUAAGGCUCGACUGUUGUUGUUGUUGUUGUUGUUUCUAAGGAAGCUAUUAUUAGCCCCAAUGCAAGGGCAGAGGGGUAGAAUUGGUUCCUUGACUGAGACUUUGGAAUUUGACCAUGGAUCUACAUCGAGUAAUGCUGCUAUAGAGCAGCAGAUUUGCUGGAAUAAUAUGCGAAAUCCUGCAGGAAAUCUAAUGCCAGAUUGUAUUCUAUCACCCAGUGAUAUGAACAUCACAUAUUUGAAUUCUAUGAACCAUGAACGGCCGAUGUCUAGCGGAUGGAGCUUAGGUGAACCUAGUUCUGGCAAUGCCCAGAGUGAGGUCAGUCAUGAAGAGCGGAAAGCAGAACUUGGAUGGCCAUCUUCUGGAAGUGGUUGUGUUGGGGCUGGUUCAAGGUUAGAAGAACAGAGCUGUGAACCAACUCAUAUAUUUUCAGUUGAAAAUGUCAAUAUGAACCCACUGUUUUUGCAAAGUUCCAAUUCUGAUGUGCAUACCCAGAAUCUCAACUUAAACACAGGUUUUGUGGGUAAUGGGGAUGAUAAUAGUCAAGUCUUGGAAUGUCCUAAUACGCACAAGUCUAGUGGAUCAGAAAAUCAGUGGAUCCCACCUCCUAGUGGUUCUGAUAAUCAUGUACUUCAUUCCAGAAGUGGUGGAUUUUUGGUUGAACAGAAUGAUGGUAGACCAGGUUGUUCAAUGGAGGGUCGCCGUGUAUCCUGUAAAAGAAAAGCUCUUGAUGGAACUGUUGGACAGUCUUCUGUAUCUGGAAGUCCUAACUACUUUCAGAGGGCAGAAAAUAGUGCAUGGUCUGCUGUUCCUGCUCGUUUUAAUGGGAGUAGCAGUUUAGGUGUAUCUGCUCCAUCAGAACCGGUGAACCCAAGACUCAGGCUAGGUGCAAGAGACAUUGCUUCUGACAGUAUUCCUGAUUUAAGAGUGGCAGGAAGCUCCCAAAGAAAUUCCCGUGCACGGAUAACUCCUCCCAAUCAACAAGAAUCUAUUGCCCCUACUUUAUUCCCAACAGAGAGUGCUGUUAGGCAUUCUAGUAUUUCAUCUUCCCAGCUGCCACCGAGGCUUCUUCCGGUUGAUUAUUCUUUGGACUUGAGGUCAGCACCAGCUGCAGAUAAUAUGAUUCCUCACAGUCAGCCAGUUUUUAUCCAUGUUCCUGCAUUGCCACGAAAUGUGCAAGCGUUUAGGUGGAAUGGAGGAUCUAGCUCAGGAAUUGGCAGUUCAUCAAGCUCUGUUGUUUCUGGAGACCGAGAUGCUGGACCUCGUGAAGAAAUGGGUUCAAGAAGCAUGUCAAGAAACCUUUUGGAAAAUCCUAUGUUUGUGCCUGCUACUGAAGUCAGAAAUUUUGUUAGAAAUCCAGCAAAUAGAAGUUCAACUGGUGUAAAUUUAAGUAUUCCAGGAAACAUUGCUUCUACUUCUCGGACUGGUGGCCCCAGUUCAGGUGUCCAUCCAUUGUCUGCUCCUACCUUAGUUCCUCAACAGAAUCCUCCACAAUUUCCUCGAAGAUUGUCUGAUUAUGUCCGCCGAUCAUUGUCUUCUUCUGCUGGGUCUGAGUCUGGAGGCAACAGCAGUAAUUAUUCUCUGUUGCGUUCAGGCCCUCCUGUUUCCUCACAAGAAAUGGUUUUUUCAUCUGGACCUGGCAGUCAGGGUCAUCAUCAGUCACACCCAAGGUCAGCAUUGUGGAUGGAGAGACAUGGCGAUGCUGGACUUGGAAUCCCCUAUUUAUUACGAGGUUCAGCUGCUGCCGGUGAAGGAAGUGGCAGGCUUGUAUCUGAGCAGAUUCGCAAUGUCUUGGGUCUCAUGCGAAGGGGCGAGAACUUGCGAUUUGAGGAUGUCAUGAUACUUGACCAGUCAGUGUUUUUUGGGGUGGCGGAUAUUCAUGAUCGACAUAGGGAUAUGCGGCUGGAUGUUGAUAACAUGUCUUAUGAAGAGUUAUUGGCGCUGGAAGAGCGCAUUGGAAAUGUUAGCACGGGAUUGAGUGAAGAAACAAUAUUAAAUCAUUUGAGACAGCGACAGUAUUCUAUUGCAAUAGGGUCUCCACUUGAGGGAGAACCCUGCUGUGUCUGUCAGGAGGAAUACAAAGAUGGAGACAAUCUUGGGACACUGGAAUGUGGGCAUGAUUUUCAUACCGACUGUAUAAAACGAUGGCUGACGCACAAGAAUUUGUGCCCCAUAUGUAAAACAACAGCACUGGCGAAGAGAGAUGACCAUUAAUUUUCUGGCCAGUAGUUCCUCAUAGUGGAAAGAGGGCUAGCCAUGAAAUUGCUUUGGUCUGUUCUGGGUUAGUGAUCCAACACUACACACUCCAGUGCUUAUCACUUGCUACACCUUUCUUUCUUGUUCUUCAAUGUGAAGCUGGCCAUGGCACCAUCUCAUCCAAGAGCCAGAGCAAAAUUUUCAAUUUUUAAUUCUAUUCAAGCCAGCACCUCCUUGUGGAGGCGGUGGAUUUGGGACUUCGGAAAGCAGAACAAAGUUUUAAACUUUCCAUUUAUCAACAAAUGAUUAAUUUUCAAUGUUUAUUAAACAUUCAGCUUAUUGCCUUUUGGCAUUACAGAUGUAGAUGAUUAUAUCAGAUUUUGAUUUCUCUUUUAAUUAAGAACGAUGACCAAUCUUGCAGAUGUC